AGCAGUUCUGUCCCAUCUUACCAAAUUAUUUCCUAAAAAACACCGACUUUUGCUCUUCCUUCCUAAAAUUUUGUUUUCUCAUUCCACAAAUUGUUGCAUGGAGUCCUCUGAUUCUCUCACAAUAUAAAUCCACUGCAUUCAAAAUCAUGCUCCAAGUUCACACCUUACAUGCAGUGUAUUUUGCCACAACUUUCGCACUACCCAAACUGUUGUAUAAUUCCUCGUGAACAACUCAAGCACACAAGCAUUCAUCAUACCUUUUCUUCCUAUUACUUUAUCUUCCAUUGCAAUGCAUUUCUAGUGUGAAGGACUGCAUUCAUAUCCAAGCCCAUUGUGUAGUGAACACACAGUUCAUACCAUGAAUAGAUUUCUCUCCAAUUUUACACCAGUCCUUUUUUGGGUGAUGUUGCAUCUCCUCUUACUCCUUCCUGUGCAUUCACAUGGUUCCCCUGAAACUAGUUUUGUGAGGAGCACAGGCAAAAACUUUGUUCUAAAUGGCAGGCUUCUGCAUGUUAAUGGCUUCAACUCAUAUUGGCUCAUGUGGGUAGCAUCAGACACAGACCAGAGACACAAAGUCACUUCUGCUUUCAAAGAAGCUGCAGAUCAUGGCCUGAAUGUAGCUCGUACUUGGGCUUUCAAUGAUGGCAAUGGAUAUCAUGCAUUGCAAACUUCCCCUGGUGUAUAUGAUGAACAAGUGUUCCAGGCAUUAGAUUUUGUGAUAUGUGAAGCCCAAAAGUAUGGCAUCAAGCUUAUACUUAGCUUUGUCAACAACUACAAGGAUUUUGGGGGCAGAGCACAGUAUGUUCAGUGGGAAAACAAUGCAACAGGGUUGCAGAUUAGUGAGGAUGAUUUCUACACAAAUCCAACUGUUAAAAGCUACUAUAAAAACCAUGUCAAUAGAAUAAUGACAAGAAACAAUAGCCUGAAUGGGGUUGUUUACAAGGAUGACCCUACAAUCUUUGCAUGGGAGCUUAUCAAUGAACCUCGUUGUCAAAUUGAUCCAUCUGGAAGGACAGUUCAGAGAUGGGUAAAAGAGAUGGCUAGCUAUGUGAAAUCAAUUGAUAGCAAUCACCUGCUUGAAGUGGGUAUGGAAGGAUUCUAUGGUGAUUCAGUUCCUAUAAGAAAGCAAUUCAACCCAAAUGGGCUUGAAUUUGGAACGGACUUCAUUACUAUAAAUCAGCUUCCAGGAAUUGAUUUUGCAACUGUUCAUGCCUACCCUGAUUCAUGGUUGGCCGGUUCAGAUGACAAGGUACAGCUCUUAUUUUUGAAGAAAUGGAUGAAAGUACACAUAAAAGAUGCAACCAAAGUGCUGAAGAAACCAAUAUUGUUUGCUGAAUUUGGAAAAUCAUAUAAAGACCCAGGGUAUAACAUUUCUGAGAGGAACAAGUUUUAUAAGACUGUUUAUGAGAACAUUUAUAAAGCUGCAAAAACUGGAAAGGUAGGUGGAGGUGGGUUAUUCUGGCAGUUGGUGGCAGAAGGGAUGGAAUCAUUGGCAGAUGGUUAUGAGAUAGUCUUAUCUCAAAAUCCAUCCACAGCAGCUCUUGUUUCUUUUCAAUCAAGAAGAUUGUCAGCCCUUGAUCUCUAAUUUUUCUAUAUUGAAUUCAUGUAAUAGUAAAUUUGAUCACAAAAUUUACCAAAUCCAGUCCAUGGAGAAGUUGGUUUUGUUACUUUUUACAAUCUAGCUUCCUCUAGAAUAGAAAGCUGGUCCAAAGCGCUCAAUUUAAUAUUCAUCAAUAUUAUUACCAUUAUAUCCA